CUGGGCUUGUCCUCAACCUGCAAAGACUCCAAUCCAUUGCAUGCUCAGAGAGACAGAGUCACAGAGAGAGAGAAGAGAGAGAGAGGGGGGUUUUCAAGUCUAGAGAGAGAAGGCAGGAGGGAGAGAGAGAGAGAGAAUUCAAUAUUCAUAAUGAGAAAGCAUUGAAUCAAAAAGGGAAGAAAGAUGCGUAGGGAGAUCUCAGUAGCUCUAGUUCAACCGCGAAGUCUUCUUCUGUUCCUCGUCGUCUCAAUUCUCAUUAUUCUCGCCUUCUCCAUCUCCCAUCGUGAGGAACAGAAGGUGGAAGAGUUGCAUGAAAUUACCCACAGGGUAUAUUUAGAUGUUGAUAUUGAUAAACAACGUGUAGGGAGAAUUGUUCUUGGAUUAUAUGGCCAAAUUGUACCCAAAACUGUUGAAAAUUUCAGGGCUUUGUGCACAGGGGAGCUGGGCAAGACUGCCAAUGGAAAAGCUCUACACUAUAAGGGAACUCCAUUUCAUCGUAUAAUACCCGGGUUCAUGAUUCAAGGCGGAGAUAUUAUUUAUGGUGAUGGGAAGGGUGGUGAAUCCAUAUAUGGUGGGACCUUUCGUGAUGAGAGUUUUAAGAUAAAACACUCACAUCCAGGUGUUGUAUCCAUGGUGAAUUCAGGAGCUGAUUCCAAUGGCUCGCAAUUUUUUAUCACCACAGUCAAGACCAGCUGUGUAAAUCUUCAUUUUAAACUUUUCAGGUUAGAUGGGAAGCACAUUGUCUUUGGUAAGGUUAUUGAAGGCAUGGACACGGUCUAUGCAAUUGAGGGGGGAGCUGGUACGUACAGCGGGAAGCCCAGGAAAAAGGUGAUUAUUGCUGAUUCUGGAGAGAUAUCUAAGAGCGAGUGGGAGGAGGGAAGCAAAAGCUCAGCAACAAUUCCCUCGUGACAAUGAAAAUAGCAGGUUUUGCAGGAUUCAGAAUGCUAAUCUGGUUGUAGUUACUGAUUCAUACUGUAAAGAAAUCAAAGAAAAUGAUACUGUUUGCGGAUCUCUGGUGUGCAUAUUUCACUGUGUGAUCCAUUUGUUCACUGAGAAGAAUAGUUUGUUCUAUCUGCAUCUAACAUUGUUUGUGUAGGAGACAUUAUGUAAAGCUGUAUUAACUUAUUAAUGGCACUUGUCGUGCCUAACUAUUGUUUAUUUGACUUGGAUCUGCCUGAGGUUUUUGUUGUAGCUAUCGAUAGAUUUGUUUGUUGCUGAGA